AUGGAAACAUCGCAAGAGUCUGAAAACUCUGAUAACAUUUCAAGUGAAAAUUUGGAACAUUCAGAUUCCUCCAUAAACAACCAUUUAUCUGACGAUUUAAGCCAUACCAAUUUAGAAAAUGAUAGUUCUCAAUCUAAUCAUGAAAUUUUUUCAAACUUAGCUGAAACUGAUUUGGGUAAUGAAGAUGAUGAAUUGAGUGGCAUAAUAUAUAUAUCAAGAAUCCCACCUUACAUGGGUUUAUCUAAAUUAAGGUCCUAUUUUUCAAAUUUUGGCACUUUAGGUAAGAUUUAUGCCCAUCCUGAAUCCGUUGGAGAGUAUAAUAAGCGCAUAAAGAUGGGAGGGAACAAGCGACUUAAGUUUACCCACGGUUGGAUCCAAUUUUCUGAUAAAAGGGUCGCCAAGAGUGUUGCGAAACUUCUAAAUAACAAGCCUGUGUUCGACAAGCGGCACAGCUUUUGGAGAGAGGAUUUGUGGAACAUCAAAUACUUGCCCAAGUUUAAGUGGAGGCAUCUCGUAGAGUACUGGUCCAACAAUAAGCGUGAACGGAAAGAGAAGUUACAUGCAGUCCUGGCCAAGGAGAGGAAACGGAACUUUCAUUAUCUUGAGCAGUUGGAGCAAGAAAAAAAGGAACAUCACAUUGAGAAUAAGAAGAUUAAUAGGCCUAAAACUGAUGCUAAAAAGGUUAAAAAAGCGGUAAAGAGCACUAGAAAAAAGGACGAAAAGAGUAAAAAAGAAGUUCCCAUGGAACUUUUAGAAUCUAUUGUACUAUAA